UCCACCCCAGGCCUUGGUUUUCUGCUGAGUGGCGAUCGUUGACAAAAUCCCGCGGGGAUUUGUGAGACGUGCGCCAAGUGUGGCGGGGCCUGAGUCUGUUCCCGAACAGGCCGCAAAAUGACUGGCGUCGAAUAAGUGUUCUUUAUUGGAAACAAUGUGUAUUUAUGAUUUAAUGAAUGAAAACCUGCGGCCGAGUUUUGCCACGGGGAACUUGGAAAUUAAAAGUAGGAAAGAAACAUCUUAAUUGUUGUAUAGAUAUGUGUGAUGAACUUCAGUGAAAUGACUCUUCAGGAAUUGGUGCAUCAGGCUGCCUCCCUUUAUUUGGACAAAAUAGCUGUAUGUUUUGAUGAAUGCAACAACCAGCCUCCAGUUUAUUACACCUACAAGACUGUAGUUAAUGCUGCUUCAGAAUUAACAAAUUUUUUGGUAUCACUCUGUGACUUUCAAGGAAUUCGUGAAAUUGGUCUCUACUGUCAACCUGGGAUAAACUUACCCUCCUGGAUUUUAGGAAUUCUCCAAGUCCCUGCUGCUUAUGCUCCUAUUGAUCCAGAUUUACCAGCAUCAUUAUCAGCUUAUUUUAUGAAAAAAUGUAAUCUAAAGUAUAUUCUUGUUGAAAAACAGCAAAUUAAUAAAUUCAAGUCUUCCCAUGAAACACUGAACUAUGACGUAGUUACAGUAGAACAUAAUGACCUAGUACUCUUCAGACUACACUGGGAAAAUGUUGACAUGAAUUUGAUGCUAAGUGAUAGAAAAGAGAAAUAUGAAAAAGAAAACAGAAAAACCAGCAUUAAUUCGGAGAGCAGCAAUGAAGAAAAUGAACACAUGGAUGUGAGGCUAAAACAUUGCUUAGCCUAUGUUCUGCAUACCUCAGGGACUACAGGAACCCCAAAGAUUGUCAGAGUGCCUCAUGCAUGCAUACUACCAAAUAUCCAACAUUUCCGGGUACUUUUUGACAUCACACAAGAAGAUGUUUUGUUUCUGGCUUCACCUCUGACCUUUGAUCCUUCUGUUGUGGAAAUAUUCCUUGCUCUAUCAAGUGGUGCCUCUCUGCUUAUUGCACCAACUUCUGUCAAGGUGCUCCCAUCAAAAUUAGCUGCUGUUCUCUUUUCUCGUCACAGAGUGACAGUUUUACAGGCAACACCAACAUUGCUUAGAAGAUUUGGAUCUCAGCUUAUCAAGUCAACUGUUUUAUCAGCCAGUACUUCUCUUCGAGUGUUAGCUCUUGGUGGGGAGCCAUUUCCAUCAUUGACUAUUUUCAAAAGCUGGAGAGGGGAAGGCAAUAAGACACAAAUAUUUAAUAUUUAUGGCAUCACAGAGGUGUCAAGUUGGGCCACCUUUUACAGGAUUCCAGAGGAAAGUUUUAAUUCUACUUCAAAAUGUGAAUUGCCUGUACAACUGGGAUUUCCACUACUUGGAACACUAGUUGAAGUCAGAGAUACAAAUGGUCUCACAAUUCAAGAAGGCAACGGCCAGGUAUUUUUAGGUGGGAAGAACAGAGUGUGUUUUCUUGAUGAUGAAAUGACAGUACCUCUUGGCACAAUGCGAGCCACAGGAGACUUUGUGACUGUGAAGGAUGGAGAGAUAUUUUUCUUGGGACGAAAGGACAGUCAGAUCAAACGUCAUGGCAAACGUCUUAACAUUGAACUUGUGCAACAGGUUGCUGAAGAACUUCAGCAAGUGGAAUCUUGUGCAGUUACAUGGUACAAUCAGGAAAAAUUAAUUCUCUUCAUAGUGUCCAAAGAUGGCCUAGUAAAGGAGUACAUCUUUAAAGAACUACAGAAACAUCUUCCAAAUCAUGCCAUCCCAGAUGAACUAGUUUUGAUUGAUGCUCUACCAUUUACAUCUCAUGGCAAAAUUGAUGUUUCUGAGUUAAACAAGAUUUACUUAAACUACCUAAACUCAAAGGCUGAGAUUAAACUCCAUGGAAAAGAAGAUCUUUGGGAAAAAUUACAGUAUUUGUGGAAGUCUAUUCUGAGUCUCUCAGAAGAUACUUUGAAGGUUCCUGAUGAGUCACUCUUCUCAAAUAGUGGUGGAGAUUCCUUCAAGUCUGUACGGCUCCUCAAUGAGAUUGAAAGUCUUGUUGGUACCUCAGUACCUGGGCUUCUGGAAAUUAUUCUCAGCAGUUCCAUUGUAGAGAUUUAUAAUCACAUUCUUCAAACAGUGUUUGUGGAUGAAGACCUGACAUUCAGCAAGAGGUAUGCCACAAAAAGGAAACUCAGCAACAUGAGUCAAGAGGAAGCAACUGGAAAAUCUUCACAUCAGAAGUCUAGCUUGCCUUUAAAUUAUGACAGUGAGACAACUGCUUUUAUUGCACUGAGCCGAGGGAGUCAGAUUCUGUCUCUGAAUACUGAUAGGUUUUUAACUAAGUUAGAACAUUGCCUUCCAGCCUAUUCUUCUGAUUUAGUUUCACAGACUAAUAUUCAAAAGUUGAAUAGCUUAAAUUCUCCUGCUCUUAUUGGGAAGUCAAAAGAUCUGUCCUGUGUUGCAAAAGUUUCUGAAGAGGAAAAACCUGUGAUAGAGGCUGAGAAGAUGGAAUUUCGUGUGAGGUGGAAGUCAGACACAGGCAAAUGUGUAGAUGCUUCCCCUUUGGUUGUAAUACCAGCUGUCAAUAAGUCAUCUAUCACUGUGUACAUUGGUUCCCAUUCUCAUAGAAUGAAGGCAAUUGACCUUUAUUCUGGGAAAGUGAAAUGGGAACAGAUUUUGGGAGAUCGAAUUGAAUCCUCAGCGUGUUUGUCAAAGUGUGGAAACUUUAUUGUAGUGGGCUGUUAUGAUGGAUUGCUUUAUGUUCUGAAAAGUAACAGUGGAGAAAAAUACUGGGUCUUUACCACUGAAGAUGCUGUCAAAAGCUCACCAACUGUGGAUCCAACUACAGGACUGGUUUUCGUUGGAUCUCAUGACCAUCAUGUGUAUGCUUUAGAUAUUUAUAAAAAGAAGUGUGCUUGGAAGUUAAAAUGUGAAGGAACUGUCUUUUCAUCUCCUUGUUUGAACCUGAUUCCACAUCAUCUAUAUUGUGCUACACUGGGAGGACUUUUACUGGCUGUUAAUCCUGCUACUGGGACCAUAGUUUGGAAGCAUUCCUGUGGAAAACCACUCUUCUCUUCCCCACGGUGUUGCCGACAGUAUGUUUGUGUUGGCUGUGUUGAUGGGAAUUUACUCUGCUUUACUCACUUGGGAGAACAGGUUUGGCAGUUCUCUACCAGUGGACCAAUCUUUUCAUCACUGUGUACGUCAGCAUCAGAACAGGAAAUAUUUUUCGGUUCCCAUGAUUGCUUUAUCUACUGUUGUAACGUGAACGGUUGCCUCCAGUGGAAAUUUGAAACGACUUCGAGGGUAUAUGCAACGCCGUUUGCUUUCCGUGACCAUGCUCAUAGCAGUGACGUAUUGCUGGCAGCAGCAUCUACUGACGGAAAACUCUGGGUCUUGGACUGUCAGAGUGGACAUCUGAAAUGUGUAUAUGAACUUCCUGGAGAAGUUUUCUCUUCUCCUGUGGUCUGGGAAUCAAUGCUCAUUAUUGGGUGCAGAAAUAAUUAUAUUUAUUGCCUGGAUUUAUUGGGUGAAAACCAAAAAUAAUCAA